CCAAGGAAAUGCAGUUGCUGGUCCUCGAGUUCCUCUUGACCAACCGUCCAGAUCCAUACUCGCCCCGUGCGGGGAAUUCGUUAUCAGAGGGUUUCCGAUGUCUUGAGAGCGUGGUGACCUUUCAAAACCGUCGAUAUCUGCGAGCCCAUGACGUCCGUCCUAUGAUGUGCUGUGGGACGUGCUCGCCUUCGCAGGCCAUGUGUUUCUGCUUCUCGCGCCAGUGCGCAUUCUCCACAGCCUGCUCUUGCUUCAGCACGCCCGUACCGUACUUCCUCGUCAGCCGCGAAUUCUACAACAUGGCGCGCCACAUCUUCUACUCGAAGAACGUCUUCGCCUUUGUCGAAGAAGACCCCGAAGAUAUGCUCCGCAUCACACACAGCAUCCCCACCCCCACAUUCAUGCAAAUCCGACGCCUCGCAUUCAAAUUCCCCUACCACCACCGCAUGCCCUACCGCCUCAACGCCCAAAAAAUCGAAGAAACCGCCUUUCUCUCCUGGUCCGUGCUCCGUCGGUUCAUUCGCGAACACUUCGACCUCCCAAAACUAUCCAUAUCGAUUAUCGAUGUCGGAGGCGCAGAUACGUUCUCGCGGACUAGAAUGAUUUCAUCCCGCAAUCGGUACCUGCGCAAGUUACUGCUCAGUUUUGCAGAUUUGAAAGGCCUGCGCGAUUUCUGGGUGUUUCUCGCUGAUGACCCUGGUUUUGAGGAGGAGGCGAAGGCGGUUGUACUGGGGAGGAAGGAGGCCGAUGAUUCGAGGGUUUAUGAAGAGGAUACUUUUCUUUAUCGCGAGGAGUUGUGAACGUGGUGUCGGGUUAUUUACGUG